AUGUCUGGUACUAUUGUUCUCACCGGCGCUAAUGGCUCCGCAGCUCUCUGGACAGUUCGCUACUUGUUGCAGCAUCAUCCAGACAAACACCUCAUACUCACUGUUCGAGACACUUCCGAUGCAGAUGCGAAUACCAAUUUACUCCGCGAGGCACUCGCAGAAUAUCCAGACGCAAGUUCCUCCGUCCGCCCACUUGAUCUCUCAAACCUUACUGCCGUCCACGAGUUUGCGGAGAGGCUUGUCGAUGAGGUCUCCGGAGGAAAAGUACCGAAGCUAGAGAGCAUAAUUUCCAACGCCUUUUAUUGGAAUCUGGCAUCGGCUAUGCAGAUGACAGGCGAUGGCUAUGAGAAGACAUUUCAGGUCAACCACAUCGCCCACUCUGUUCUCGUUCUCCGCUUGCUCGGUAGCUUUGCUAAAGACGGUGGUCGUAUCGUUCUUUUUACUAGUGACGCUCAUUGGCCUGGGAAAAAUGCUCUUGAAAAGAUAAAGCCAAGGAUACCUGCCAACUUGGACGAAUUAGCCAAGCCUCCUGCAGAUGAGCCAGAAGAUCACAUGGCCCACGGACAAAAUCGCUACGCUCUCUCGAAACUGGCUAUUCUGAUGUGGAUGUACGCGCUAGAUAGACAUCUCCAAAAGGUUUGUGAUGAUUCCAUCCUAUCUGAAAUCCAUCUGACUGUUUCCAAGAACCCUCGUUUCUCAAACAUUACUGCCGUGGCUAUCAAUCCUGGCAACUUGAGUGACUCUCGAGCACUGCGUGUGAAUACCCCUGCAAUGGUCCAGAUGAUGUCAAAGUACAUUAUUCGGCCGCUGCGUCCACUGCUUCGUUUUAUGGACCCAACCAUGCGCACCUCGAGCGAGGCCGGCACUGAUAUCGCCAAACUAGCGGUCAACGAGGCAUCUCCGGGCUACCGCGGAUUUCUUACUCUACUGAAGGAAGACACUAGUUCUCCUGACAGCUUGAAUGAGACGGUGCAGGAAGAAAUCUGGGCAAAGACAUUGGAGUGGACAGGCAUUUCGGCAGCAACUGCUGGGGUCAUUAUGCAUCUAGAAUGUGGAGUCAUCACAAGUGAGCUAAAUCAGGGUUGGAUGCAAAACCCCUCAUGCCCAGAUUUUGAGCGUAUGACGACGAUUGUACAAACGAGUAUGGCUCAAGAAGACACAGUCAUACCAGAACACCAGCUGUCCGAGCGCACGCCAGUCAUUGCUUUCGACGGUGCUAUUUCCACGGUAACCAUCGCCCUGCCGAAUCGGUGUUUCGCCUUCUCCGUCACGUUCCUGCUUGACCAUCCCAAGCUCGUUUCGCUCGGGAAAGAGAAGCCCCCACUUCACUUCCACCCUUAUCAAGAGGAGUACAUUACCGUCACUGAAGGCUAUCUGGCAGUCGAGUGUAACGGCGUAGAAUACACAAUCACCCCAGCUGAUGGCGAGUUUGUGAUCCAGCCGUGGACCAAUCACAGGCUAUAUCCGACGGCGCAGAGAGAUGGGCAAACGAUCACGCGCUUCUUGCUGAGCGGUAAGGAUACGGCGGAGACGUACAAGCUCGACGAACUGUUUUUCGAGAACUGGUACGGCUAUCAGGAUGCGGUGUUCGUGCACGGAGAGCCGCUGAGCAUGGUGCAGGUCAUGUCA